AAUUUAUUUUAUAACUGAUAGUAAACAAUUCAAAAGAGCCAAAAACAAAAUCGUAAUCGUUAGACACAAUAACAAUCACCUAAAAAAUUAUCGAAAAUUUGUAAGAAGAAACUAUUACAACGUAAGAAUUAAUAAUAAUAACAGAAACAAAAACAAAAACAAGCAUGCUAAUAAUAUUCAACAAGUUUUUAUAUUAGAUUCAAGAAAUAAUAAUGAUAAUAAUGAUAAUAAUAAUAAUAAUAAUAAUAAUAAUGAUAAUAAUGAUAAUAAUAAUAAUAGAAACAUGCAGUUAAAACAAGAGGCAAUGCUAACAAACUCAUCAAAUGGUUAUCUAACUUCAGCAUGUAAAUGCAAUGGUGUUAAGGGUGAAUUUUGUGGCUACUAUACUGAUCCGACAAUUGAACAUGGUUGGAAAAAUUAUAAAAAUUUACUAAAAGGCGAUUGCUUUAAACAAGAUAGCUAUAAAUGCUAUGAUGAUGAUGAUGAUGAUAAUAAAAAUGAUGAUACCAUUGAUAAUAGUAAUCUAGCUAAAUUUAAUAAAUCGUGUACUGAUAAUUGUUAUCAAAUUGAUGAAAAAUCAGUUGUUUGUGGUCCUGAUGAAAAUAUUAAUAAAGAUAAAAAUCCCAAUGAUUUUUGUCGAUGCAAUGGUGUAGCUGGUACAUUUUGUGGCAGCCAUUAUAAUAACAAUAAUAAUAAUAAUAAUAAUAAUAAUAAUUGGUUAACAACUGUAUUGACAACUGGUAAACAAGUAUUGAACGGUUCAAUGUGUUAUUGGAAUUCUGUAUACGAGUGCAAACAUGGAGAUAAUGGACUGGCCGUACGGAAAACCAAUUGCGAACAUUGCGAACAAAAAUGGUCAAAGGAUUUUGGUUAUCAAGCAGAUUGUUAUUCAAAAGUGGAUAUGGAUUUGAUUAAACAUAAUAGCGGAGAUUUUAAAUUUGAGGAUACAUGUCGAUGCCAUGAAUAUAUGAGUCAAUUUUGUUGGUACGAAGCAAAUGUGAUUGGUUACAAUUCCGAUAUAAAAGAGGGCCGGUAUCUAUUGAAGGGGAACUGUAGGCGCGAUAUUAUCUACUAUUGCGAUCCAAAAGAGUAUAGGGAUAAGAAAAAUUUUGUACCCAAAAAAACUCAUUGUGCGGAUAAUAAUAUUUGUAUUAAGGAUGCUUAUACUACUGCAUACUGUAAUAAUGGUUCAACUAAAGUCGAUCAUAAUCACGAAUGUCUAUGCAACAAUAUUAAUGGUAUAUUUUGCGGCCAUAUUGCCAAUCGUUUAGUUAAUGGUCAAAUUAGAUUGCGUGGUAAUUGUCAGAAAAAUAGACUAUAUUAUUGUGACAAUGAUUUUAUUACUAAAGAUAAUUAUGGACAAGCAUUAUAUAAUGAAACAUGUACAAAUAAAUGUUUUCAAAAUGGUUUUAGUCAAGCAUCGUGUGAUCUAGAUAAUUCAGAUUAUGAAUGUCGAUGCAAUGGUGUACAAGGUGAAUUUUGUGGCUAUACAGUCAAUGAUCUAGAUUAUAAAAUUGAGGAUGCUACCACUACCAGUACUAGUGUGGCACCAUUAAUUGGAAAAUGUUCACCUAGUUCAAUCUAUUUAUGCAAUCAACGACAGCAACAGUUGGCCACCCUAAACGAUACGUGUAGUAAAAAAUGUUUGCAAAUUGAAAAGUAUGCAUUUUGUAUAGAAAAUUAUUUCUAA